AUGCAACUGGGGAAUACAUUUCAAGGCGAAAUACACGAGUUUCCUGGAGUUUUUGUUGAUAGGUUCAAUGGGACAGGGGAGGUAUACUUGCUCACACAUUGCCACCAAGACCAUUUACAAGGGCUACUUAAUAAUUCAUUUUGUGGUCGAGUAUACUGUUCGGCAUUAACCAAAAGUACUCUUGAAUUGGACACAAGGUAUAUCCAUGUUUCAAGAUUUUUCAAAGUCAAAGAAUACAAUGAAACAUUUGCAGUUGAAACUUUACUUGGAAAAGUUACGAUUACCAUGAUACCUUCGUACCAUUGUCCAGGAUCCUCCAUGUUUCUACUUGAAAGCUCUACCAAAAGCGUAUUGAUCACUGGUGAUGUCAGAGCAGAGUCAUGGUGGACAUCCUCGUUAAUCAAAAAUCCACAUUUAUUUCCCUACAUCACGGGACUCAGAACACUUGAUCAACUAUAUCUUGAUACUACAUUUUCUUACCGAGGGGAACCAUAUAUAUACAUCAUGCCAAAUAGUGAGGGCAUAUUUGCAGCAAUAGAGUUGUUAAAGCUAUACCCUUUUGACAGCGAUCUAUCUUUCUCUUUUGUGGAUUCAGUCUCAGGGUCUGAGGAAGCUUGGAUCCAAAUAGCUCGCUAUUUUAAUGGGAGCUUAGUAACAAAUGGAAUGCUACAGAAACGAAUUGAGCUUUAUAAAAACAGUUUGAAUUUACGUUACGCAGUUAUUUCGCUGAGUGAAAAAAGUCCAGUGUUUAAGGUUGGCAAUACGCCAGAUUCAACGCCAAUAAUAAUUACAAUCAAACAAAUAAUCAACUUAAAUGCCAUGGAAUACGCCAGCCAAUUUCUACCGCGAAACAUUUGUGAAAUUGAUUUGUCCAGUGCUUCUAGCUUGGUGACUACUAAAAACGGUCACCAGAUAUACAUGCUUGAUGGUAGAAAAUGGCUUCUACCAAAGGGCGGGUCGGAAGUAUUACCAACUUGUAUUCCAUUAAUGUUUUCAAGACAUUCCUCCUACCAAGAGUCAAGAAGCUUGGUUGCUUUGUUUAGUCCUAAACUGGUAUAUCCUUGUACGGAAUCUAAGAUGUCUUGGCUAAAUGGGUUUACUGUGGCAAGAGUUUUUGGCGAUGUGUGUACAAAUACAGAAGCAGAUCAUCGUUUUGAUAUUGACAGAUUUCAAAAGUUUGGCUAUCCCUUACCUGAGGUAAUAAAUAGAGAAGUGGCAUUUAUAAGUAAGUGGUCUCUUUCACAAUGUGUGGAUGAAACUGAAAUGUCCAAAACAGUUAUAGAAAGGCCCUUUAGGGGCCAAUUGCAGCCACUUUAUAACAACCCCAACAAGCGACUGUGCCAAUCGCAUUUUCAAAAGUUUUCUUUGCCAUAUUUGAUUGCCCAAAGAGAUCAAGAGUCAUUAAAACAAGCUGUCCAAUAUCACCAGAAUUUACAUGAUUAUGCAAAAUUCGGUCACGGGUCAUCAAGUAGCUAUGGUUCUGUGUCGAGUUCAAAGGAGUCUCUCCCCUUUUCAGAAAAUGAAUCUAGCGAGGCAAAUUUAUUAACAAAUUCGACCCAGAACGACUCAGCUUUGACGUGCAUCGAUAAGAAGAAGCCACCAGAUAUUUUGAACAAUAAAAAAAUUGCUGAACUUACAGAAAUGUUAACAAAUGACAGACGCAACUGGACUAAAUUCCAUCUAAAAUGUAUAAAUAGCAAUAUAAACUAG